AUCUUGGCAAAUGGGUUUAAGGGUAUUAUAGUCAAUAACCCACUAACCUUAAGAUGGUUGGUAUUCCGAGGUUUGGGGAAUGACACUUACUAAUGGUGAACUUGUCCAAAAAAAACUGUGUUGUUGUGUCUUUGAUAGGUCAAAACUUCUUAAAUUAGACUUGGACUGUGUUUGAAUAGCUGAAAAAUAUUUCACAUUAUUCUAAAAAAAGCUGAGGUCAAUAAAUUGUAAUUCCUCUCUGCCCCCAGUAUCUUCGCUCAUGUUGAUUUUGUAUUGAGAGGUCUUAUUAUUCAUUUCUCUUGGUAUCUCCUCUUGUUGAUGUCAUGUUCCCUCGUCGUCCCAUUUUCCAGACGGCGAGCGGAGUCUCCAUUCACCACCAUAACCAUCACUAAAAUUAUAAAAAACAUCAGCGCAAUACGAAGACCACCACUGCCACCUCCUGUGCCUCCACCACUGCCACCUCCUGUGCCUCCAUCGUCGAAAUGUCGGUGAAGGCACCAUUUCAACUCCUGGAAAUAAACAUCAUAUCGGCCCAGGACCUCCACCCGGUGUCCAAGAACAUGCGAACCUACGCGACUGCAUGGGUCCAUCCAAACCGGAAGCUCACUACCCGGGUUGACAAGGAAGGCAGUAACAAUCCCACCUGGAAUGACAAGUUCGUGUUCCGGGUGGACGACGAGUUCCUCCGUGGUGACACCUCCGCGGUGAUGAUCGAGAUCUACUCCGUUCAUUGGUUCAAGGAUUCCCAUGUGGGCACUGUCCGUUGUCUCGUGGGUAACCUUAUCCCGCCUCCGCCCCGACCCAACGCCCGCCACCACCACAACAGCCAUGUUGGGAUGCGAUUCUUUGCCCUCCACGUGCGCCGCCCCUCCGGCCGCCCACAGGGGAUUUUGAAUAUUGGAGUGGCUGUCCUUGACAGCUCCAUGCGGAGCAUGCCAUUGUAUACUCAGCUCAGCGCCUCAGCCGUUGGAUAUCGUGAUUUGAUGGGUGAAGAGAACCUAACCAAUAAUCAAAGUAAUGAUAAUCAAAGUAACAAUACAAGUAGUAAUCCACCAGUUGUGAAACCUGUAUUACGCCGGUCUCGAAGCGAACGUAGUGACCGUGUGAUCUCGAGUGACAUUUCAUCAACAACCAGUGGGUCAUCGUUGAGGACUCCAAAAAAGAAAGGGACCCCAAAGAAAGGUGGGUCCAACAUUAGUGGGAGCGGGUCGUCUGAUUCCGGAGCCCCAUCCAAAGGAAAGAGUAAAAAGGGUAAGGCAAGUUCGCUAAUCAGUGGCGGGUCGAGUCGAUCUAGUCAGAAGGGAAAGAAAGGAAAGGCAAGUUCGUUACUCAGCGCUUCAGAACUCAAAAACCAAGUUAUAGAGAUGGUAAAAAAUGAUGAGAAGCGUGGUGGGUUCAUAAACAACGACCCGAAAAGCAAAGACCCGUCAAAAGAUAAGGUGGGCAAUGAAAAACCCGGUUCGGAACUCAGCGGGUCGAUAGUGAAUAAGCCUGUCGCCGGGAAACACAUGAGAUCUCCGCGGAGAGAGAUGCUGCCACCGCCGCCGCCGCCGGCGGCGUUGACCGGAAAACCCGGUUCGAAGCUUAAUGGGUUCGAGAUGAAAAACGGAAAAUUUGUGUUUGGUGGCCCCGGGAAGCCGAAUUCGCUUCUGUCGGACUCAGAGGUGGGUCCGUCGCCGUCGGAGGUGGCGGCGUUGAAGGCAAUGGAGAGAUACACGUUUAACGAGAACCAGAGCUCUGUAUUGGACGGGUGGAGCUUGGACGAGAGCGUGGAAGGGCUGCGGUCCAAGCUGGAGCGUUGGCGGACAGAGUUUCCGCCGCUCUACGACAGAGGCUUCUCCGCCAGUUUCCGGUCGACAAGUCAACAUUUCCGGCGACAAAGUGAAGGUGGAAGUGGUUUGUUUUCAUGCUUUGGCAACAUAUAUGGGUACGAGUGUCAAUGCAUUUGUGGUAAGCCCCAAGAUGGGAAGAAAAGUCUUAGUAGUGGUCGGUUCCAAAGCCCAUCGCAUAGUGAGAACCGCUCCUUUUAGACACGACCCGUUAACCCGACCCGAUUCAUAUACUAUUGGAUAACACUAACGUGCACCGAGUGAGUAGAGUGGCCAAUGAGAGUAAUACGUAGAAGGAAAAUGAUUAAUACACUGAAAAGUUUAAUUGGUUCGAUUUUUAUAUCAUGACUCCACGUAGAUAUUUAUGUGACUCCUCACUUUUUAUUCGAAAGUGCUUAUUGGGAAAUGUCACAUUUAGGAGUUUGUGUGAUGAGGCUAAUGUGAGCUAGGGGGUUAGAGAGAGGGCUGCAAUGCACUGUGGUGAUGAAGUUUAGGGGUGGUUUUGCUAUUGAUUAGGCCAUUCUUCCCUUGUUUGGUUUAAUUUUUCUUUUCUGUUUUUAAAUGUUUUAUUUACUAUUUACAACCACAAUAAUGGUAUAAGAAAGUGUAAAAAAUAGAAAAAGAGAGAGGAAGCCAUCAUAUGGGUCUCCUAAUAAUUUUUAAUUUUUUUUUUUUCAUUUAUGAAAAUAUUAAUAAUGUGGUGUAUAGGAACUAGGGUUUUUGUAUUGUAUUGUACAUGCAUUUUUAUAUCUACCCAUAGUGUGGGUAUGGCAUCUUGGCUGUUAUCCUGAAUUGUUAUUAUCAUGUAAUUAUCAUCAAUAACAAAGGGGGUGAUUUUUCAUGGAGAAUCACUAGUGUUAAUAAAUUGAUCUCAUGAUAUUAUAUAUGAAGUUUUGUUAAGUCUUCUUUCCUCUAGUUA